AUGCCGAAUUACAUGGCAGUUGACUCAACCCAAACAAAUAUCUGAAAAGCGACGUCGCUUCAGUGAGUCAGAAACCUCGUCUUUCCGUUUGUAGCUGAGCAGCUUCACCGCCUCCACCUCAACGAGCAAUUCACACCAAGGUGCGCCUUUGAAGAGCUUUAGAGUUGGUCUGAGAUGGAUACAUCACAGAAUGCAACAGCAGGAAUCGGUGGGAGUGGUGGAAACGGAACGUUGGUCCCUCAAACCAAUGAUACAGCUGGACCGGCAGUGGUUGAUGGUCCAAAGCAAAACCUGAAUCAGGUCAUUAACUCUAUUCAGAAAACCUUAGGCCUCAUUCACCAACUCUACCUCACCGUGUCUUCGUUCAAUUCCGCGUCUCAGCUCCCCCUCCUCCAACGCCUAAAUGCUCUUGUUAUGGAGCUUGACAACAUGGCUAAGCUAUCAGAAAAAUGCAAUAUCCAGGUUCCUAUGGAAGUUUUUAAUUUGAUCGAUGAUGGGAAGAAUCCUGAUGAAUUCACAAGGGAUGUCAUUAACGGCUGCAUUGCCAAGAAUCAGAUCACAAAAGGAAAAACUGAUACCUUCAAGAGUUUACGCAAACAUCUCCUGGAGGAACUUGAACAGGCUUUUCCGGAUGAAGUUGAAUCUUACAGAGACAUACGUGCUGCAUCUGCUGCUGAAACAAAACGGCUUGCACAAGCUCAGAGCACACUACCAAAUGGAGAUGUGAAGGUCAAGCCAGAGCUUUAAGUGUAUGAUUCGUUUAUGUAUCAUGUUGUUACUGUCCACAUCUUGCCGUGCUUGUAAUCUACCAAGUAGUGAAUUCAAAAUGAUGAGUGAUUCUAUAUUACAUGUGUAGUUCCUUAAACAUGUGGGAGCUUAAUGACUUUGUUCACCUUUACACCUAUAUGCCUAGAUACUUUGUCAAUUUACUUUGUAAUAUAGUAAUUUUUUUUGUAAAAAUCAUGUUAUUGGCGU